UGCAAAAAUGUCACCAGAUUUGUGCGGCAUAUGAUAAAUUGCGAAAAAAGUCCAGUUGAAGUAAAACGACAGUUACGACAGAAAGGACCUGAAAUCAUAAAUCAGCCUGUGGUUUCUGAUGAGCCCGUAAUGGUUGAGAGCGUGACAGAUAACACAUUUAAUGAGAAAGAAGCGGAUAAAGCAUUAGCUAGAGCAAUAUACGUAACUGGCCAGCCGCUUUCAAUCUUAGAACACCCUUUAUGGAAACGGGCACUUCAAUUGUUAAGGCCUGGUUACAACCCACCUUCACGGAAAGUAUUGUCAACAGUGCUUUUAGAUGAAGAAUAUGCAGAUGUGAAACAAAAAGUUACGGAAAAAAUUGAAGAAGCUAACGUUUUGCACUUGGCCGCAGACGGUUGGACAAAUGUUAGAAAGGAUUCUAUUAUCAACAUAAUUAUCUAUACACCGAAGCCAUAUUUUCAUUCGUCAAUUGAAACAAGAAAUAACAGGCACACGGCAGAGUACUUGUCUGAAAAAAUAGGACAAACUAUGAACGAAAUCGGAUCCGAAAAGUUUCUGGGCAUUAUUACUGAUAACGCUGCCAAUAUGAAAAAAUGCGGAAAACUGCUAAAUGAGCAAUAUGAAAACACCACGUGGGUAGGAUGCCUCGCUCAUACUUUGAAUCUGCUGAUAAGCGAUGUAUUAAAAAUAGAGGCCAUUCAGGAAACCUUCUCGUCCGUUGUAGCGACAGUAAAAUCUAUUUUGCAUUCGAACAUCUUCAGUGCCGAGUUUAAAAAAUUGCAGCCGAAAAAUCUUUGA